AUGGAGGUAGCAAUGAUAAGGGCCAAUGUACAAGAGGAUCCGGAAGCAACCAUGGCAAGAUUUCUUAAUGGAUUAAAUCCUGAAAUUAGGAAGAAGGUUGAGCUUCAUGACCACUUUGAGCUACAACAAAUGGUGUCUUAUGCAGAGAAGGUGGAAAAGCAAGCCUUACCUAUAAGGACACCUAGUGGCCGAACCACUACAUCCUCUUCCACACCUUGGAGAAGAGAUCAAUUGCAAACAUCCAAUGCUUGGCCGAGGCAAGGCAAUAAAGAAAGGGAAAACAGGCGAAUGGAGCAACCGUUCCAUCCGAGUGCAACUCCUUCUAAACCAACCCCGCGGCCGACUCUUCCAAGGGCAAAUACGUCUACCAACCAGCCAAAGGCAUGUUUCAAAUGUAAGGGAAUUGGCCACCUCAUGACUCAAUGCCCUAACCGAAGCAUCAUUUACAUGAAUGAAGAAAGAAUGUGGCAAAGCGAAGGAGAGGAGGAAUAUGCGGACAUGCCACCGCUUGAAGAAGAGGGGAAGGAUGAUGACCUGGUUGAAAUAGAAGAGGACCUCAUAGCUCGAACUAUGGACCAAGUUUUAUGUGAUGUAAUUCCUAUGCAAGCUAGUCAUGUCUUGUUAGGGCGUCCUUGGGAGUAUGAUCGGCAGGCUGAUCAUAUUGGACUCACUAAUAAGUAUAAGUUCAUUAUGGACAACCUCAAGAUCACUCUUUCAACCUUGACACCUACACAAGUGUAUGAAGAACAAUUGCAUCUAAGAAAAGAGCGAGAGAAAAGGCAACUGAGAGAGGCAAAGAAAAAGCCGAAUGUGCCUAAGGAUGAGGAAAAAAAGAAAGUAGAGGCCGAGUUGAGUGAAAGAGAAAAUUCGAGUGGGAAAAGACUCAGUGAGGCCGAGAGCUUGAAAGCGAAGAAAAUGAGCUUUUAUGCAAGUGUGCGUGAGAUAUAUAGGGUCUUGAAUGCACAAAGUCUUCUCAUAGUACUUAUGUACCGGGAAGCCGAUUAUUCUUCUUUUUAUACACUUGGCAUAACCAAUUCUCUUCCUAGUGCAAUUUACUCUCUUUUGCAGGAAUUCAAGGAUGUGUUUCCGGAGAAACUACCGAAAGGAUUACCUCCAAUUCGAGGUAUUGAACAUCAUAUCGACUUUGUUUCUGGAGCAAUUCUACCAAAUCGACCAGUCUAUAGAGCAAAUCCGGAGGAAACAAAGGAAAUCCAAAGCAAGUCUUUAGAUGAACAUGUUGAGCAUUUGCGACUUGUUUUAAGUGCCUUGCGUGAAGAUAGGUUGUUUGCUAACAUGAAAAAAUGUGUCUUUUGCACUCCUGAAGUUAAUUUCCUUGGAUAUAUUGUUGGUGCAAAUGGCAUAAGUGUUGAUCCCGCCAAGGUAAAAGCCAUCUUAGAGUGGCCGACUCCAACCAAUGUGUCUCAGGUAAGGUCUUUUCAUGGUCUUGCAAGUUUCUAUAGGAGAUUUGUUAAAGACUUUAGCACUAUUGCAACACCUUUGAAUGAGGUAAUUAAAAAGAAUAUGGGGUUUCAAUGGGGAAAAGAGCAAGAAGAGUCAUUUCUUAAGCUUAAGAAGUUGUUAACUUCGGCACCUAUUCUUGCUUUGCCUAAUUUUGACUUGACGUUUGAAGUUGAAUGUGAUGCUAGUGGAAUCGGCAUAGGGGCUAUCUUACAUCAAAAUAAUAGGCCUUUGGCUUAUUUUAGUGAAAAGUUGAGUGGGGGAGCUCUUAAUUACCCUACUUAUGAUAAAGAAUUGUACGCUGUUGUGCGUGCUCUUGAAGUGUGGAAGACAAGUGAUGCACGCCAUGUUGCUGAUUUAUUCUUCAAGGACGUGGUUAGAUUGCAUGGGGUACCGCGUACUAUUAUAAGUGAUAGGGAUGUGAAAUUCUUAAGCUACUUCUGGAAAUCACUUUGGGGAGAGUUGGGAACGAAGUUGCUAUUUUCUACUUCUAGUCAUCCUCAAACGGAUGGUCAAACCGAGCUGCUAACUCCUCUAGAUUUAUCACCUAUUCCUGUUGAUAAGUGUUUAAGCGCAGAUGGUGUCAAAAAAGUAGAGGCUGUUCGGACCUUGCAUGAGAGAAUUCGAGCUCAAAUUGAGAAGAAAAAUGCACAAUAUGCAUAA